UUUAGGAUUUGUUUUCUAUAAUGAUUAGAGGACCAGAAAAAACUCCAUAUGCUGAUGGUUUGUUUCUGUUUGAUGUCAAAAUUCCACCCACAUAUCCAAUUCAACCUCCACACUGUCAUUAUUAUAGUUAUUGUGACGACCGGUUGAAUCCAAAUCUAUAUGAAGAUGGAAAAGUAUGCCUUAGUCUUUUGGGUACUUGGUCUGGUCAUGGUGUUGAAUUAUGGUCACCUAUUUGUUCAAAUUUAUUACAGCUUCUAGUAUCAAUACAAGGACUGAUAUUGGUGAGUGAACCAUAUUAUAAUGAACCUGGAUUUGAUACCUUCCGAGGUGAAGAGCUUGCAGAAGAAAACUCUCGUGUUUACAACCAAAUGGCUCUAAUCAAAGUAGUGCCGUCAAUGACAAAUAUGUUAAACAUGAAUAAUUCGUAA